AUGCUGUUGCUAAGCCUUCUCGCGUUUUUCUUCAUCCUAUCUGUGGAUACUCGUCUUACGUCUGUACACACUACACACACUGUUGUCGCCCAGAUUGAUGACCGACGUCUCGAUUUGUCCGAAUUCCGCGGCGGGCCCCUCCUUCUCGACUGGUCGGCAUCUCAACCCCUCCGAGCGCCCGGGCAACGGACAAAAACUGGUCAUGUCAACCGAAUAGGAAUGAAACGAGACCGUCCUGUUGAGGAUAAAUGGACCAGGCUGAAAGCAGACCAGACGACGAGACCGGGCACGAUCUGGUCGACAGAGCGAACGCCAAGUUCGAGUCCCUUUCGGCUAAAUCGAAGCAAAGCGACACCAUCGGCUAAUUCAUCCAGUUCCCUUAAACACUCCAAAAAUCGAGUCCGUUCGAGGCGAGACAGC